CUCCCCACACCAUCACAUCUCUUAUGUAAUCGUCAAAAAUCUCGAAAAUCAGAUGACCUGAAAAAUUAUGUGAAGAACAGUUAGUUACAAAGUGUUGAAGCACUGUUUAAAAUCAAUUAAUUUAGAAAUGUUGGCAAACACUUUUGAGCGAAUUGUCAUUGCUGGGGCAGGAAUGACAGGUGCUCUGUCGGCUGCAUUGUUGAGAUUUGACCUUACCAGCUCGGAGAUCGUGAUAAUAGACAAAUCCAGGGGAACAGGAGGAAGAAUGUCAACAAGUCGUAGCAAUGAAGUAGAAACUUCAACUGUUGAUUUAGGUGCUCAGUAUAUAUCUGUUGCUAAAGACUAUCAGAUAAAACACAAAACAUUCCAUGAUGAACUUGUUUCCAAUGGCUUACUGGCACCUUUGAUUGGCUCAAUAGAAGGAGACAGAAGUGCUGGGGAUACAGUCCACUAUGUUACACCAAAAGGAGUUAGUUCCCUUGUAAAACAUUUUAUAAAAAAAUCUGAAAGUAUUUUAAAAACAGAUACUGUUAUACAGUCUGUUGAUAUUGAUAAAGAUCAGAUAAAAGUGGAGGAUUCAAAAGGUCAGAGGUUAUGUGAUGCCCUUAUCCUUACCAUGCCUGUUCCACAGAUCCUUGCUUUGAAAGGAAACAUUCAGCAAUUGAUAAACAGCAAGUCAGAUGUCAAGAAGAAUUUAGAAGCAGUCUCCUACUCAUCAAGGUUUGCCUUGGGGUUGUUUUAUAAACCUGGAAUCCAACUUAAUUAUUCCUGGAGUGGGAAAUACAUUACAGACAAUCCAUGCAUCAGAUUUGUUGCCAUAGAUAACAAAAAAAGAGGACUUGAUUCCAGUGAAGUUGGUCCUUCUAUCGUUGUACAUACUAGUGUUCCCUUCAGUCUAAAAAAUCUAGAAACAGACAAAGAAGACAUGAGAGAUGUCAUCAUGUCCCAUCUUAAACAAGUCUUGCCUGACCUUCCUGAACCUGUAGAGGUCAAAAGUCACAAGUGGAGAUAUUCACAGGUUCAUAAAGGUUAUGAAGGGAGCCCAGGAUGUGUUGUAUUGAGUGAGAAACCAUUGAUUAUUCUGGCUGGUGACGGAUUUACACACUCUAACAUGGAUGGCUGUAUAUCAUCAGCAUUGUCUGUUCAAACAACUGUUAAAGAACUCUGUAAAUUAUGAUGAUGUCUUUUAUAGGAAAACAUUUAUUUAUGCAGUGAUUUUGAUAUUAAUGAGUUAAUGAUUUUCAUAAAUAU